AUGCCAAUGCUAUUCCGAUUACACAAUAAAGAAAAUAUUCGUCAAUGGCUACAAAAAGGAGAUAUACUCGUUGUAGACCGUGGUUUCCGAGAUUCUUUGGAACAUUUGAAAUUAUUAGGUUAUCAAACUUAUAUGCGUGCGUUUCUUUCAAAAGGUUUGAAGCAAUUUGACACUCAAACUGCUAAUGAGACAAGGUUCGUAACCAAAAUUCGCUGGGUGAUCGAAAGUGAUAACGGCAGAAUUAAACAGUGGCGUUUUGUUCGACAAGGUUCUUCCAAAUUCUUUAUUAAAACUGUCGGUGAUUUAGUUGCAAUUGUUUGUGCUCUUUUAAAUUGUUAUGGUGCCCCAUUUAUCCAAGAUUUUUCAAAAGACAAACUCCUAGGAAAGAAAAUGAGACAGCUACGUGAUCAAACAAAUGAAUUAGGUGAAUAUGUUGCUAAGUUGAAAAGUAAAACCGAAAAACCGAUUCAAUACAAAGAACUGAAUGCAGUUGAUACCGUUCCGGACUUUCCACGUUUAACACUGGAGCAGUUAAACGAUAUUAAUCUUGGCACCUAUCAAUUGAAACAGGCCAAAUCUUAUACGGUUGAACACCUAUCAACAGAAGGAAAAUACAUAGUCAAAGUAGGGAAACAAAUGUUAGAUCUUAUCCGAGCUAAAAUGCAGUCUAGACAUAAAAAUAACACUUCUUAUGAUGUUUGGAUUAAAUAUUCGAAACAAGAUAUUUUGGGAUGCAUGUCAAAACUAAAUAUAAAUUUUUCAACAUUAGCAGCAAAAAAGUUUAAUGGUGUAUUUAAUAAUGAUUUUAAAUAUGAAGAUUUGAUUUCAUUCAUUGAAAAACAACUUGAAAGUGCCAAUUUUACAUUAAUAUUUUUAGGUUCAACAAUAACAGAUCAAACUUUUUCAACAGUCAAAGAAAAAAUUGUUAAUAAUUCGUUGAUUUAUGUUGUUCAACGUUUGGACGGCGGUUGUUCUAAUUUAAUUGAUAUUGAUACACACAUAAAAACAAUUUCUUCUGAUUUAGAUAAUGAACUAAAAAAACUGGAAUCAAAAGCCAAACUCGAUAUUUGUAUGAUAUGUACAGAUAAUAUAUUAUGUUAUAAUUACUGUUGUGGUACUAAAUUAUGCAAAAAUUGUUUUAAACAAACAUUUUUUAAUUAUAAUCAAACAUUAAAAUGUUUAAUUUGUUCAAAACAAUAUCCAAAUGCUAAAUUUUUUGUAUCACCAGAAAUUUUACAAUCAUUACUACAAUUGGAUGAUGCAAUGCAAUUAACAAAUAAUAUGGAUUUUCAAUUAUGUAAAUGUGGUGCUUUAUCACAUAAUACAACAAUGUAUUCGAAACAACAAUGCAAACAAUGUCAACGCUGGUUUUGUUUUUUUUGUAAUCAAGACUGGGAUGUACAAGUUAAAAAAAUGCAAAAUCACAAAUUUACAUGUAAAAUUAAUUGUACUUGGGAAACAAAAAUUACAUAUGAAUUAACUAAAUGUCUAUAUGGUACGACGGAUUUAUUUUUACCAAAUCGUCGAUGUUGUCCAAAAUGUUGUCAAACAGGCGCAUAUGGCAAACAGUCGAUGCCAGUAGCAGCUCACGAUCCUAUCCUAAGACGUAAAAGACCAUUGGCAGUCGAUGGAUCUGAUCCACUUAACCAAGAUGCAGCUAAAUACCGAUCAGGAGACGAUCGAACGAACUAUUCGAAAAUGCAAAAUACAAACAAAAACACUGAAUUAACAUCCUUUCGUACAUCUCUUGAUACAAAGAGCAACAAAAAUUCAAAUCAACAAGAAUCUCAUAAAAGUCAAAAAGAUUCUGUAACUACAAUGUGCAAACGAUAUGUUCCGGGUUUAUGUGGCUUAACCAAUAUUGGUAAUACUUGCUUUAUGAACAGUGCAUUACAAUGUUUGAGUAAUAUUCCAGAUUUAACAAAUUAUUUUAAGAACUUUAACGAGACCAACAGCAUAACUCCCGUCACUCAAGCUUAUAAAGAUCUAAUACGAUCAAUUUGGUCUGGUAAAUAUUCAAGUGUUACACCGAAAGAAAUAAAGUAUCGUGUAA